AUGCCUAGGGAAAUCAUCACGGUUCAGGCCGGCCAGUGUGGCAACAGCAUUGGCAGCCAGUUUUGGCAGCAGCUGUGCCAGGAGCAUGGCAUAAGCCAAGAUGGAAAUCUGGAGGACUUUGCAACUGAGGGAGGUGACCGGAAAGAUGUGUUCUUUUACCAGUCAGACGACACGAGAUAUAUUCCACGAGCUAUCCUGAUCGAUUUAGAGCCUCGGGUUCUGAAUGGCAUCCAGACUGGCCCAUACAAGAACAUAUACAACCCCGAGAAUUUUUUUGUUGGGAAGAAUGGGGUGGGAGCUGCCAACAAUUGGGGAGAUGGAUAUCAAACUGGAGAAUUGGUUCAUGAAGAUGUCAUGGAGAUGAUUGACCGAGAGGCGGACGGCAGUGACUCCCUUGAGGGAUUCAUGAUGCUUCACUCAAUAGCAGGAGGUACUGGUUCAGGUCUGGGUUCAUUUCUGCUGGAACGAUUGAACGACCGCUUCCCAAAGAAGAUCAUCCAAACAUACUCGGUAUUCCCCGAUACAACAAAUUCCGGCGAUGUGGUAGUCCAUCCGUACAAUAGUCUGCUUUCGAUGAGAAGAUUAACACAGAAUGCGGAUUCGGUGGUGGUCUUGGAUAAUGGUGCCUUAUCCCGCAUAGCAGCGGAGCGGUUACAUGUCCAAGAACCUUCCUUCCAACAGACGAAUCAAUUGGUCUCAACAGUCAUGUCAGCUAGUACGACGACACUCAGAUACCCUGGGUACAUGCACAACGACCUUGUUAGCAUUGUUGCAUCGCUGAUACCAACGCCUCGCUGCCAUUUCCUUAUGACCUCCUACACGCCAUUCACGGGCGAUAAUCUCGAACAAGCCAAGACUGUACGGAAGACCACGGUAUUGGACGUCAUGCGCCGACUGCUCCAACCCAAAAACAGAAUGGUAUCAACUGUUCCAGGCAAGAAGAGUUGUUAUAUCUCAAUCUUGAAUGUUAUUCAAGGUGAUGUUGAUCCCACCGAUGUACAUAAGAGUCUCCUUCGAAUCAGAGAGCGGAAACUGGCGACAUUCAUCCCUUGGGGUCCUGCCAGCAUUCAAGUUGCCUUGACGAAGAAGAGCCCAUACAUUCCUAUGAACCACCGAGUAAGCGGACUAAUGUUGGCAAAUCACACCAGCAUUGCUACACUAUUCAAACGAAUCGUCAGACAAUAUGAUGGAAUGCGGAAGCGUAAUGCCUUUAUGGAGGGCUACAAGAAGACCGCACCGUUUUCUGAUAACCUGAACGAGUUUGAUGAGGCACGGGAAGUUGUGACUGAUCUCAUCGCAGAGUAUGAGGCUGCAGAAGAUUCAGACUACCUGAAUUUCGAUGCCGCGGACAAAGCAGUUGCGGGAGAGGCUGGGGACAAGCGAGUCUCGUAG